AUGAAGGCAGAGAAAGCUCGUACUACAUGCACACUAGCACCAGGCUCAGAGAGUGCAGUAAUAGAACAAUAUGGUGGUUCGGGAAAAGCCAUGCUCACCGGGUUGUUGAAUCCACACCUCCCCCUGAUGUUCCAGCUUGCAGAUCAAGUGUGGAACGAAUACAAGGACAUGCCCAAGCUUUCAUUGAAGAAGCAUCUGCCCUCUAAUGAGAUGAUCAACAGCUUGCUCAAUGGGGCUCAUUUUCUAUUGAAGAACUCUAGCAAUGUUCUAUCCUUGGCUCCUAUCCCUGGCCUUGACACAGCCGCGAUGGUGCUCUGUGACCUUAUAGAUAUGGUGAAACAUGACAUUGCCGAGCGCAUCAAGUCUUUGGCAACACUAAUUACAGAGACCAGCAAACAGGCUCGCAAACAGAUUGAAGGUGCAGGGAUACAUGAAACCUCUUUUCCUGUGCCGUCUGAGUUGAAUCGGAGGAUUCAAGUUCUCAUCAGGAAUCUCCAGGAUCUCCAGACACAAGUGUGGCAAGUUGCUGAAGGGUCGCUUUUCUCCCACUUCGUUCAUAGUGGCCAGGAUGCUGGUAAAUUGGAAAAUUUGAGCAAAGGAAUUGCAGAUGCAAAGAGUGAUUUUGAGCAUCAUCCAGUUUCAAGGGCAGAUCCAUAUCAGGCAUUAGUCAAUGGCAUGUUUGACAUGUUGAACGAUGUAUGCCGGGAUGUCUCUGUGUUGGCUCACUUUAAGAUAGGUGAAAAUGACAUGCAGACUCUGAACAGUCUCCCCCAUGCAAACACGAGCUAUCAUUCUGCUCUCAAUGAGCUCAAGUCUGGUCUACUUCCCGGAACAAGAAGUGACCUUCUCUCUGAGAUUGACGAAUGGGUGAAGGGAGAGUCAAGUGCACACAACUUCGCUCUCUAUGUCCUUAGCAGAGCAGCAGGUACAAGAAAGUCAACAAUUGCAUAUGAGGUGGCGCAGCUGCUUGAACAGAACGGGAUGCUUGGCGCUUCCUUCUUCUUUGUCCGGGGUGUGGAGGAUCUGUCCAUGACCCACUUCAUAUUUCCCACGAUUGCAUAUCAGCUUGCCCAGCAGCAGCCUGUUUUGAUGCCACACAUCCUAGAAGCCACACGCGCAUUUCUCAAGCAUGUGCCUGCCAGCCACCAUCCUGUCAUUGUCAUCAUCGAGGCCAUCAACAAGUGCACCAAGCUUGCCCAAGACCUUAUUCCUAAGAUGCUCUACCUCCUCACACACUGGGUGCCAGAGGUCCCAUUCCCGUUCCACGUCCUCAUCACAUCGCACCCAGAGUACCACAUCGAGACUGCUUUUGAGUUGGUAGAAUUCAGGAAGGAGAGCAACCACUUCAGGCUCCAGGACAUUCCACGUGUUGUCAUCAACCACAACAUCAUGCAGUACCUGGAGGAUAGGGUCUCCAAGCUAUGUGACAGUGCUGAACUACUUCAUGUGCGACCUGAUGCGAUAGUCGAGCUCAUGAAAAAGGCAGAGGGAUUGUUUAUCUACACCUCGACUACAAUUAACGUCUUAUUAUGUGAUCUGGAACAUGCUGUCGAGAAUCUGAACACUCUCCUCGUGGAUGGCAACCUGGACAGCCUCUCCAAUCUAAGUCAGCUCGAUGUGCUAUACAUGCUGGUGUUGAAGAAUGUGUUCAAGGACUACCUGGGCACCCCACCGAAUCCGCGUAUAGCUCAUAUACUGAAGACUGUUCUCAUAGGGAUCACACUGUUGCAGGACCAAUUUGCACCAAGCACCAUGGAGCUGCUGGUGGGGGUUUCUGUGACUGACAUCUGGUUCAUAAUCAGAUGUGGUAAUCUGCGGCAAAACAUUUGUGACCUUCCCGACCCUGCAGCUUUCAAAGAUGAAAUCGAGAACCUUGCGGCCCUCGUCCAAUGUCAAAUACCAUCUCAUGUCCAGUAUGCAUGUGUACAUUGGGCAUUCCACCUCUGUAGCACGGAGUUUACACUGAAGCUAACCGAGUACCUUGGCAUCUUCUGUUCUAUGAAACUCCUACUCUGGCUGCAGACAUUGAGCUUCAUGGAUAGACUAGAUGGCGCACCCGGAGCACUACUUGAUUUGCGCAACUGGUACCAGGUAAGAGCCCCUUUACCUUCUGCUGGGACCUUCAUAUUGAGCUGUCCAGAGCAUAUAUACAUUUCCGCCCUUCCCACAGCUCCAUGCUGCCGGCUUGUUGACAUGUAUUCCGCGCUGGACACGGAGUUGAAGUGCCUCAAGAUGCUAUCUCCUCGUGCUCCGUGGUGGGACUUGUGUGUGUGCAUGGUCAAAGGGCAGGAUGAAGGCGUACAAUGCUGGAUCAUAGCGGGAAUCAAUGAUGGCACCGUACAAAUGUGGGAUGCGAGCUCUGGCAUUUCUCUCAAUAUUAUGGCAGGACAUAGCACAGGUGUUUACUCAGUCGAUGUCUCUCCUGGCAAUUCCAGGAUUAUCUCAUAUGGUCGAGAUGUACGAGUGUGGAACCUUGCGACCGGGGCGCCACUAUAUUUGGCGAAGGAUCCCAUGUUGCCACACGCUUCGCCAACUUCCCCUGCAGCGGACACCUCUAGGCUUGCCUCUGGUGGCAUGAAUAGCAUCAUCCGCAUCUGGGAUAUCACCUCAGGGGAAUGCCUAUUCAUUUUGACAGGCCACACUGAUUGGGUCAAUUGCCUUGCUAUUUUGCCCAAUGAUGACAGAGUUGCUUCCGGAUCAGAAGACUGCACAAUCCAGAUCUGGGAUGCACAAUCUGGAGACUGCGUUGUGGUCCUUUGA